AUGCCUCCGCCGUCCUACCCUCAUCGGCAUCUUCUCCUCACCAACCUUCUCGACGAACAGCCAGACCCUCCUCAAGAUGCUUUCGCUGUAGGAGCAGACGACAACGUGCGCGGCUGCAAGCUGGACGCGCUGCUUCUGGCCGGGUGGUCUAUCAGCGGACGAAAAGCAAAGCCGGAACAGCGUGACGCCCUGCAGCAUGCGGACAACCUACGAUUGAAAAAGGGCGACUUCGAAGUCAUAGGCCGUAUCGGCGAGGGCCAAUUUGGAACCUGCGGUGCAAGCUGA